AUGUCGUUAGGUGAAAUUGCAGAAAGAUGUUAUAACAUGACUACUUCAUACCUUGAAGUCUCUACAAAUAGUAUAAUCAUCAGGGAGACUCAAGAUGCCGUUAGAUUAACAAGGCGACAUCUUCUUGAAGAUGUUUUCACACGUUGGAGUCCCUUAAAUGGUGAGAUUUCUUUCUCAUAUAAUGGAGGCAAGGAUUGUCAAGUACUAUUACUACUAUAUUUGAGUUGUCUGUGGGAAUUCUUUAUAAUACAAGCAGAACGAUCUCAAUAUGAUUUCAAAUAUCAAAAGUUUCCUAUGGAAAAUCUAUUCUCUGUAUACAUCGACCUUGCUGAAACUUUUCCAACAUUGGAAAGUUUUGUAAAUAUGACAUCGGAACGAUAUCAAUUGAGCCUUUAUUCAUCGAUGAGAGAACAUGGAACGAAGGCAUCGAAUAUGUCGUGUGCAUUUGGAGAUUUUUUGAAACGAUAUCCUGAGACACAAGCAAUUUUGAUAGGUGUUCGUGCUACUGAUCCAUUUGGUGAUACAUUAACACCAAUACAGAAGACAGAUUCAAAUUGGCCUGAUUUUUAUAGGGUACAACCUAUUUUGCAUUGGAAGUUGGCAAAUAUAUGGAGUUUCUUAUUAUAUUCAAAUGAGCCAAUCUGUGGAUUGUAUGGUAAUGGUUUUACAUCGAUAGGCGGCAUCGACACAACGAUACCAAACCCUUAUUUGACUGAGUCCAAAGAUAAUCGUUCAAAACUACCGCUAAAGUUUCAAUGGGAGAUAGACAAUGCAUUUAAAAAGGAAUCUGAUGAGAUUAACGUGUUAGCGAUCGAUCGCGAGGAUCAGCUAUGGUUGAAGAAAUUAGGACCCGAGGAAUACUUACCAGGAUGGUAUUUAAUCGAUGAUGAAAUAGAAAGAGCAGGUAGAAUUAAGAAAUAA